AUGGCGUUUUUCGGCAAGCUAUUGAUCGCGGCGGGGACGUUGUUAUUGAUACAUGCUGGGUACUAUUCGGUGCAAUACGAGUCGUAUGUCAAGCUGACCGAGACGGCGGACGCCCAAAUGCCACCCACUGAGGUUGUGGUAGAACUCGUGGUAGCCUUUUUCAUUUCGCUAGUAGGAGUUCUGCUCACAUGUGGCGAGAUUUUGCCUAUCCGAUCGAAUGACGCGAUGCAUUCGAGGUCGUUGGCUACCGUCAUUUCAAACCCUGACUUUCACGUCUUCAACCACCGCGGCCAUUCAUUGCACCAGCGAGUUAUGUCGUAG